AUGAAUCAAAAAAUCACAUUUGCUACUAUCUUGGUUGCGUUUUCCGUAUUCUUUAUCUGCUUUACAAAUGCUUCUCCAAUUGGAUUGUCACCUCGUUCACCCGGUGAAAUCGCAUACGCUGAUUUCGGUCCCAGUGAUUUCACUGAACCCUUUUUUGAAGAUAAAAGAUCAGACACUGAUAUAGUCUGCGGUAAAGUCAUGUUUUUUGAACUUCGGUGCGAAGUCGUUAGAAUAACCGGACAAUUUUUUGGAGGAUUCUCUGAUCGCACUAACAAAUAUGAAUAUCAAAUUUCCGGCGCUGAAAAGAAAUUAAUUGAUUCUGACCUAAUUUAUCCACCUGGAACUGCACCAUUUCAAUUUGAUGUUAAAAAUAAAACCAUGCAAGAUUUUUGUGGGAAAAAUCUUACAAUCUUCUGUGACGAUAAUGUUAUUGGAACGUCACUUAUCAAACAACUAGUUGAACCAGAAUCUGAACAUGAAUAA